UCGCUGGUAUCAGUUUAAGUAAAACGUUGGUCUUGUAUUCUUUCAAUCUGAGCUUAACUUAAAUUCUUCUGAGUGAUUUUUGUUGCUCAAGAACAGUGAUCAUGCUCAAGGACGUGACCACUUUCGUGGCCUUUGCCCUUGCCGUACUUCAAGUGCAGCCUUCCUUAUCAUUGGAUCAGUACGACCCUUGCACUACCCCAUUGGGACGGUCCGGUAACUGUGUGUCCCUGGCUGAAUGUCCACAGAUUGCGGCCAUUCUUAGAAAACCGGCCCCCACAGCUCAGGACAGGAAUUUCAUUCAACAAAGCCGGUGCGGGUCCAGUUUCGAUGGGAAACCCUUGGUUUGUUGCGGUGGCAUUUCCUCCGGUCCGGCCACCAACACCCUGCCGGGGACCAACGAGUGCGGAAUCGACCUGGCAGAUCGAAUCGUAGGGGGACAGGAAACGGAACUGGAUGAGUUCCCAUGGUUGGCCCUGUUGCAGUACCGGAAGUUGAACGGAGCCACCGGAUAUCAUUGCGGCGGGUCGCUGAUUAAUGUGCGCUACGUUUUGACCGCUGGCCAUUGCUUCAAUUCGCGACAGUUCGAAGUUAUUGCUGUACGACUUGGGGAGCACGAUGUCUCCAACAACGGCCAGGAUUGUAACAGAAUUGGUUGUGCCGAGUUGCCCCAGGAUUAUGGAGUCGAGAAGAUCAAGAUCCAUGAAAACUAUCGCCUCGAAAGUCGUGAUAAUCUAAACGAUAUCGCUCUGAUUCGACUGGAUCGUAACGUUCAGUUUACCGAUUUCAUUCAGCCGGUUUGCCUUCCGGUGUCCAGUUCUGCCAAGAAUCGCUAUUUGGUUGGGAAAAAGUUAACUGCGGCCGGAUGGGGACGCACUGAAACAAAAAAUCAUAGCAACGUAAAACUCAAAGUCAACCUGGAGGUGGCGGAUGCUCAAAGUUGUUCGGCCGUUUAUGCCAGCCAAGAGGUGAACCUCAGAGAUACUCAGUUCUGUGCCGGUGGCCUGGCCGGAAAGGAUACCUGCUCAGGGGACUCCGGUGGCCCGUUGAUGCAACGGUACGGCAUCAACUACUUCCUGUACGGUAUCGUUAGCUUUGGACCGAACAAGUGUGGCAUUCCGGGCGUUCCCGGAGUCUAUACCAAUGUGCCGAAGUACAUCGAUUGGAUUCAGAAAAAUAUGGAAUAAAUGGAAACAUACAUCUUGUGAAGGACUACUUCAAUAUUUUGAAUGGAAGAUUUCAAUCAAUAAUCAACUUUCUGGAAAACCGCAUGAAAUUUGAACUAUUUUUUAAAGAAAAAACCUAAUUACUGAAGGUUUUUUUUUGUCAGUUUUGUUUGUUUUUGAAUUUGACAAUUUCAAGUAAAAUAAAGUG